AAAAAUGCAGGCGAGCACUUCGAAGACGCCGCAACCGAGCCGCAUAUCCUCUAUACUGCAUCAACCGAGUCGGAUGUCCUCCAUACAUCUACAUAAGAAGAAACUGACCGAGCAGGAAAUACAAGAGCUACAUCAGGAGUUAGAGACCAUUGAUCAUGUGAUAGCUUUGAAGAUUCUAUGCAAGAAACUAAACACAAACCCGGAAACGGGUUUGACGACGGAAGAGGCGAGCAAAAUUUUCGCACGAGACGGACCGAACGCUUUAUCACCGCCCAAGGUCACGCCGGAAUACAUCAAAUUCUUAAAGUGCAUGUUCCAUGGAUUCGCCGCGUUGCUCUGGGUCUGCGCGAUCCUAUGCUUCGUCCUGUACGUUGUCACUUAUUUAAUGCGAGAGCCCGAUGUUGGAAUCGUGUGGCUAGGGAUCAUCAUCGUCUCGAUAUGCAUCACUUCAGGAGUAUUCGCGUAUAUACAAGAAAGCAAAAAUAUCAAGGUGAUGGAAUCCUUUAAGAAGAUGGUGCCCACUUUCGCCACGGUGAUACGCGACGGCGUGAAAUUGCGUCUGGGCACGGAGGAGCUGGUUUUGGGUGACCUGGUGGAAAUACGGAUGGGCGACAAAAUACCGGCCGACAUCAGGAUAAUCGAGUGCCGCGGACUGAGGGUCGAGAACUCGAGCAUCACUGGGGAGAGCGAGCCGGUGACCAGGACGGAUUAUCCCACUGACAAGAAUCCCCUCGAGUCCGCGAACGUCGCCUUCUCCACAUCAUUCGCCGUGGCCGGUGACGGCAAGGGACUCGUAAUCGCCACGGGUGAUAACACGAUGAUAGGCCGAUUAGCCGGACUCACGUCGCACCUCGCCAAGAUCGAGACGCCGAUCGCCAAGGAGAUCAGACACUUCGUCGAGAUCAUCACGAUCGUGGCGGUUCUCUGUGGCCUGGCCUUCUUCUCCCUGUCACUGAUGCUGGAGUCGAAUAUUGUGCGAGCAUUCACCUAUCUGCUCGGGAUAAUCAUCGCCAAUGUGCCUGAAGUGUUGCUGGUGACCGUGACGACGGUUUUAACGCUGACGGCACAGAAAAUGGCGAGUAAGAACUGCCUGGUAAAGAAUUUGGAGGCGGUCGAGACUCUGGGCUCGACGUCGGCGAUCUGUUCCGAUAAGACCGGCACUCUCACCCAGAACAAGAUGUCCGUGUCCAAUCUGUGGUUCGGUCACACCAGGUACAACUUUCCACCGGGUGAGAGAAUCGGCGUCGAGAGAGACCUGUUGCUGGAGAAGCCGGCCUUCGGCGUCAUGUUGAAAGCCUCAACUCUCUGUCUGCGUGCCGAGUUCACCGCCGAGUCCUACAGAUUGGCGCCCAUCGAGGAACGCGAGAUCAUCGGCGACGCAUCCGAGACUGGUAUCCUCAAGUUUUGCGAGCAUAUACAUCCCACGCAACGGUUCCGCGAGACCCAUCCGAAGGUGGCCGAGAUCCCAUUCAGUUCCAUGACCAAGUAUCAGAUGUCGAUACACCGGGACGUCGACGGCUACACGAUGAUACUGAAGGGUGCGCCGGAAGUGAUACUGGAAAAUUGCACGACAAUCCUGACGGCAGAUGGGGAGACCAAAGAGAUGACCUACCACGAUCAUUCUAUAUCUCGCAGAGCCUGCAUGGAGCUGGGCUAUCUUGGUGAACGCGUACUCGCGUAUUGCGAUACGCAUCUGCCGGCCGAUGUAUACGGGCCGACCUACAAGUUCAAUACCGAUUUCUAUAAUUUUCCCACUAAGGGAUAUAGAUUCGUGGGGCUGAUAAGCUUGCAGGAUCCACCGAGGCCUGGCGUACCCGAGGCAGUGCAGAAGUGUCGCACCGCCGGGAUCAAAGUGAUCAUGAUAACGGGCGAUCAUCCGGUGACGGCAAUGGCGAUCGCCAAGAAGGUGGGUAUCAUAAGCGAGGGUCACGAAACCCGUUACGAGCGGGCGAUCCUGCAGAACAAAUCUUACUCGCAAGUGAGCGAUUUGGUGGACACCUGCGCGACCAUCGUCACCGGUGCCGAAUUGAGGAAUAUGGAUAUGACCGAGUUGGAUAACGUAAUACGCCAUUACGAGGAGAUCGUGUUUGCGAGGACGUCGCCGCAGCAGAAACUCCUGAUCGUGGAGAGCUGCCAACGGUUGGGAGAGAUCGUAGCGGUCACCGGCGAUGGUGUUAACGACUCUCCGGCGUUGCGAAAAGCUGAUAUAGGAGUGGCGAUGGGUAUCGCCGGUUCCGACGUCGCCAAGAAUGCCGCAGAUAUGAUACUCAUGGACGACAAUUUCGCGUCGAUCGUGACUGGCGUCGAGGAAGGCCGCCUGAUCUUCGAUAAUCUAAAGAAAUCAAUCGCGUACACUUUAACGUCAAGCGUACCAGAAAUGUUGCCGAUGCUGAGCGGCCUGAUACUCGCGAUUCCCUUACCGCUGGUCAUCGAACUGGUCAUCUGCAUAGACGUCGGCACGGAUGUGGUUCCUGCGAUUGCUCUGGCGUACGAGAGAGCCGAAUCCGACAUAAUGCGCCGUGCACCGAGAAACCCUCAGUACGACAAGUUGGUGAACAAGCGUUUGAUAUCCAUUACUUAUGGCCAAAUUGGAAUGACGCAGUCCUUUGCUGGAUUCUAUACGUACUUCAUGGUGCUUAUGAUGAACGGCUUUAUGCCCGAUCGUCUUUUAGGUUUACGAAUAGAAUGGGAGAAUCCGUCUAUCAACGAUCUACAGGAUUCCUGGGGUCAAACCUGGACUUACGAGAAUAGGAUGAAUUUAUUGAUGGAAGCGCAAAGUGGAUACUUUCUCUCCAUCGUUAUAACACAAAUGAUAGAUUUAGUGAUGUGCAAGACCAGACGCAACUCCAUCUUCCAACAAGGAAUGGACAACUGGUUUGUCAAUUUCUCUUUCGUUUUCGAAGUUAUUCUAACAGGGAUGUUACUCUACAUUCCAGGCACAGAGUACGUUUUGCACACAAUGCCACUAAAAACUUAUUGGUAUUGGCCUUGUUUACUACUAGGUGCAUUUCUUUGGAUUUAUGAUGAAUUUAGACGAUUAUGUAUCCGUCUCUUCCCAGGUGGAAUUAUGGAAAGAGAAACGUAUUAUUAAAAUGUUCUUUUACUGUUAUAAUUUCAUAGAAAAAAAGUAGCUACAUAUUUUCAAUACGUAAUUAACAUACUCAUUUGUUAAAAAUCUAUCACAUGUGCACAAUAUCUAUGUGUAUCUCAUGUUUUAUCUUAUUAUGUUUAAUUAGAAAAAUAGUUGUUAUUA